AUGAGGUUAUGCAUUGUAUUAAUACAGUAUUUUCUAUUAAACUAUUUUUGCUAUUGUCAUGAUCUAAGUCACGCAGAACAAGUGAUUGCCAAUCAACCAGAGUCGCCUGUGAUUAACGAUAGUCAUAGUCAAGUUGAUGAAACGAAAAAUAUUGAAAGAAAUGAUAAUGAAAAUCUGAAUGAUGCAGUCGACACUCGUUAUGAUUCAAGAAAGCCAGAACUUGAAACAGUCGAAUCUACAACUCCAUCUGUAGAUAUUUCAAUGGAAAACCGAGUACCGCUACCACUUGACAAUGAUUCAAUAUCUCUGCCGAAAUCGAUAGUAACACAAAAUGAAGAACAAUUGAAAGCACCAAUAGAUAAUGAUACAGUAAAAAACAUUCCAAUACCAUCAAAUGAUAAAUACAAUCCAAAAGUGAUUCAUCAAGAUGAGUUGUCUCAACGAGAAAAUCAAAUUAGUUCACAAAUAAUCGAUACUAUCAAACAAGAUGAUGUAGAUGAUGAUAAUUUAUCUAUUGGUCCAGAAGAACAAAUACAAUUAGCACCAAAUCACAUUCCGCCGUCUUCAACAAUACAACCGUCACUAGAAAAUAGUAACUCAAAUGAUAUUAAAUUAGAUCAAAAUUCACAAAUUCCAUUACAACCAAUAAUCAACGAUAAUUCAACUGUACAAAACGAGUCUCAUGGUCCAGUAUCAACAACAUCACAAAUUUUACUUUCAGCAUCAUCAAAACUUCAUCAAAGAGUACAUAGAAAUUCUUCACAGGCUCAAAUAAGUCAACAACAAAUCGAGAAUAGUUCGAAAACAGAUAAUAAUCAUUCAGACAACGCGACUGUUCAACAAUCGACUGAUGAACAUAAACAUUCCACUACAUUCUUAUCGAAAUUAGAAGAAUCUGAAAGCAAAUUGCAUUUACAAUCGACACCAACUGAUAGUACUAUUGACAAUGAAACACAGACAAAUAAUUUUACAAAUCGACAUUUAUCUCAAACUGAGCAAAUACAAAAUUCAACGUCAAUAUCGAAUAGUACUACUAAAAUAUUAACACAAAAAGCGACACAAGUCUGUUGGCAUUUACCUAAACCAUUUGAAACAAGUGUUGAAUUGCUAGAAAAUCAAAUAUUUCGCUUUACUAAUAUUUUACCAAAAUUUCUACAAACAAUUCUAUUUGGACAUAGUGAUGAUCGUGAAAUUUUAAUAAAUACACUAUGGUUUACAUCGAUUUGCGCGAUGUGUUUUUUAUUUAGUAUUGUUUUUCUUGCAAUGGGUACAAAUCGUUUAAAACAAACAAAACAUGAAAAACAAAUUCGUGCUAGUUGCCAACAACUGCAACACUAUAACAAUCGUGUUUUACUUGAAAGUGAAGCAUUUGAACGACAAAAUCAAAAAUUGUCAGAUGAAAUAGAUGAAUUAAAAAAAAAGUUACAGGAACAUAAUUCAGAUGAAGAUAUUUUUGCACUGCGUGAAGAAUGUAUUCGAUUUCAAGAAGACGUGAAAAUGGCUCAUGCUAAACAACUGGUUUCACAACAGGAUAUUGAUUAUAAGCAAAAUCUCAUACACAAAUAUGAGUUUGAUGCGCAACAACAAGCAAAAACAAUUACACAUUUAAAUCACGAGAUUGCUCAAUUAAAACGAGAUUUAGAACGAGAGCAAGAAACUGUAGUGCACUUACAAUGCAAAGAUCUCUCCAUAGAACGUUUUGGAAAAUUACAAGAAACCAUUCAACAGUUGAAAUCAGAAAUCGUUCAAUUGAAAAAAGAUAAACUAAAUCAAAAUGAUCAAUCACAAGAAAUGAAAGAACACGCGAAUCAACGAGAUGUUGAAACCAGUGAAUUAAUUCUUCGAAUGAAACAAAUGAAAGAUCUAUUCGAGCGACAUGAUCAAACCAUAAAAUAUAUUCAAGAUAAACUUAGCAAAGAUAAAAAAAUAGAAUUAGAAGAUUUGCGUGCUAUUGUAAAAGACAAUUCUUUGACUAAUAAUCAAAAUCUUCUCUCAACAAUUGAUAGUGAUGCAAAAAAAUCUAAUCAACGCAUACAUGAUUUACAUAAUGAUAUCAACAUGAAAACUCAUCGUCUAAAAGAACUUGAGCUAUUGCUCAAUCAAGAAAAAGAACGUUGUAAAGAAGUUGAAACUAAACUUAAAAUUGUAUUAGAACUACGUGAGCGUGACACCCAUUUACAUGUACGUCAAUUCGGACAAAUAGAUGGACAAUUACGUAAAGCAAGAACCGAUACUGAACGUGUUCAUAUUUUACAACAGCAACUUGAACUUCGACAACAACAAUUAGAUGAUGUACAAAAAACUCUUUCAACUGAACAAAUGAAGUUUAACGAAGAAUCUAGUAAAUUACAACAUGAAACACAUGAAAAAUGGAUGGAAAUUAAACGUCUAACACGAGAACUUGAAGCGUCGAAAAAAGAAUGCGAAAAUCUACGACGACAGAUUACUAAGUAUUCAAAGGAUGCCCGUUCUUCAAAAGAAAAAUCUACGCUAAAACCACCACUCAAACAUAUAGGAAAUAAUUAUGCUAUAGAAUCACAAAAUAUUUCACCUAUAAGUGAUCAACAGGAAGAAAAUUUCAGACCCAUCGAUCAUCAACGUAGUGAUUCUGGUGGUACUAGUCCAACCGAAAUGUUCAUGCCUAGGCCACCUAUCUUUAAUCUAUCUGGGCCUCCAUUUUAUCCACCUCCAUUUAUGCCGCAUCCACCACCUAAUCUAUUCAUGAUGCAUCCAAGAUUUUCAAUGUCACCAAUUGGUCCACAUGAGAUGGCUUCGCCUAUUUCAAAUUUAGUGACUAAUGCCAAUGAGCCAAAUGAUUCGGAAGCUAUUGAUUCAUUAAAUAUAACUUCAAAUGCGACGAAUUACAAUGGGCAAUCGAAUGGAGUAGCACGAUCGCCAUUGUUGGAUGAUGAGCAACAAACAAAAAUAAAAAAAACAAAAAAAUCACUGAAAAAGAAAACGCGAACAUCGGCCACUACAACACUGGUAGUAAAUCAAGGAACACUCUUGCUAUUACAUGUCAAGCAGCAUCAGAUUCUAACGUUGGGCCCAGCUUUAUCCAGCCAAACUCCAUUUAUUGCAGGUUUCGGCGAAAAACUAGGUAUUCCAGUUGUAUCAUACGCUGCAACUGAUCCUAGUUUAUCUAAUCGAAAUGCUUAUCCUGCAUUCUAUCGUACAGUUCCUUCUGACAGUGCAUCUGAAUUAGCCGUUAAUGAUGCAUAUGGAUCUGGCGGAGCAAAAGUAAUAACAGACGCAUUGAUUCAUAACGAUUUGACAGUUGCAAAUAUGCUCGUGUUCGAUAUAGCAACACUUCGUAUGAGAGAUAUUUUGAAGCAUGAUUUAACUACUAGUUCAACGCGAAUUAUUGUAUUAUGGGCUGUAUCAACAAAUGCUUCGUUCUGUUUUGAUCGUUAUUUUCUCAAAUCUAAAGAAUUAUUCGAUAAAAUUAAUAAUAUAACAUUUCUAGACGUAUCUGGUCGUAUACAAUUUGAUACGAAUGUUACAGAUCGAAUAGAUGGUAGUUAUUAUUUCGCACAAAACUCUCAGCUUUUAUUAGACACUACGAUUUUUGUGUCCGCAUUGAAUUAUUCGGAUAAUUAUGGUUGGCAAGAAUAUUCAGGAUCUAAUGUAAUAGUUUGGCCAGGAAAUUUAUUAGUGCCAUCUACUGGUGGUGCAAAAACGUGA